GUUAAAUAUACCGCAUUUCUUUCUAUAGUCCCUUGCUUAUCAUUCAUUUUUAUAUAUUACCAAGGACUACCUAGUACCAGUAGCUACGGGGCCAAUGGAAAACCCUGAGAGCGAUCAACAAGUUGGCACAUCGGUGUUUGUGGCGAAGUUUUUUAGUGGUGACGAACUGUCUUCCCUGUUCCUUCCUUAUGGUUUACUGUGCGAUCGAUCAUCAGAUAUUCCCCUUGAAACUGGGGAUAGGUUGGAACUUGAUGAUGUCAAGUUAAAGGAGGUUACAGAAGUCAUUUUCAAAGACUGCUUGCAAUUUAUCCGUGGCGAGGUGUCUGACACAGAUACAUUUGAAUGGUAUCAUGACUUUAUCGCAUUUACUAAUCUACAGAUAGUAGUACGUCACAAUGCUGCUAUUCUUGUUGAAGGUGAGGACUUAGAUGAUCUUCUAGAUUACACAAUUAUUCAUAUGCGCAACUUGCGUUCUUCCGUCGCCAGGAAUGCCCUAAUGUUUGUGAGUUGCUUGAUAGAGUCAAUAACGGAUAAUCAUGAUCUAUUUCUUUCAAUAUCACUGAAGCUAAUGCCUCAGUUAUUUAGAUGUUGUACAUCUGAGAAGAUAGUUUACCGCAGGCCUGCCUUGGACAAUCUUGUUGCGAUUUCCAGGCGUUGUGGUAGGAAGGACUACAUUUAUAUCGCAUGGCUAAUUAUGACGUACGCGUGUGAUCGCAAUGCAAAGGUAUCUUCUGCAGCUGGCGUAACACUCCAAGCGUUCUUUGACCACUUUAGUGAUGACUACCUAGCUCAAGUUGACAAGGCAAUAACUACGGAGUGGUUGGGGCCAUGUUUGUCAUCCAAGGACGUAACAGUGAAAGAAAUAUGCACCAAGGUUGUAACUAGGAUAAUUGGUCUAAUAUCACCUGAAGAAGUGGAAUCCUGGUACUAUAGCAUUGACCCAAAGUCUAAGGUUGCCAAAUUACUACGACCACACGUCAAGAUUAAGGAGACUGUUCAAGAUCUCAAUUCACCUGAAGAUGAAUUAAAUGGAGCGACACUUCCAUCCGCUAUAGUUUGUUCUACAGGUGAGAUGCCGUCCAACAUGGAGGUGGUAGACUGUGGUUCAACGGAGAUGAUACAUUCAGAGUCUGGUGAACAGGUUGACUCAAUAGCUUCUAGUGGUGAUAUAAACGCAGUAGACGAAGUCGAGUUAUAGGCAGUUAACCCAAUAUUUGUCAUUAAUGUGAUGGUUC